UUCAGUGGAGAAAAAAGCAGGCUCGUCCUCGUCAUUUUGUGUCUUCUUCGUUACGGUUACUUCCGCGUCUCUUUACUUCUCCCCCUCGUGCAUUGUCCGUCCAUACCCGAGAGAAUGAUUACAACGUAAGAGUAUGUUUUUUUAAUCUCACCGCAAAGGAGAGGAAUCCAGCCACCUCUGUACUCGCCGUCCAUACCCACCAUGUCCUCCUCCCCCGCCGCCCCUCCACCGGCAGCUACCGCCACCCCACCCCCAUCCACCUUUGCAGCGCCUCCUCCAGCUACCCCCGCCACACCUCCUCCAACCACUCCCGUGGCCCCGCCCCCUGCGGCCCCAUCCGCCCCUCCCCCAACGACCCCCGCCUCCUCACCUCCGGCAUCCCUGCCUCCACCCGCCACUCCGCCUUCCCCCGCCAACCCGUCCCCGUCCCCUCCCUCGACCUCGCCCUCCCCCUCCAUACCAUCCGCCUCGUCGCCUCCCCCGCCUCCGGCCUCAUCCGCUUCGCUCCCACCCCCGUCUCCACCCUCUUCACAUUCUCCAUCGCCGCCUCAAGUGCCAUCUACCAGGUCUCCGCCGUCUCCCUCUUCGCUUUCUGCAUCUCCGUCAAGCUCUAGCUCAAUCUCGACACCGGUUGUCGUCGCGAUAGCGGUUGGCGGGGUUGCGAUCCUCUUGCUGCUUAGCUUCCUAUGCCUUUUUUGUUGGAGAAAGAAGCGCAGGGCGGCGCCGCCGACGCCUCAUUACUAUGGAGCUUCACCGCCGCCUCCAAUGGCAGGGAAAGAUGACAGCUAUGGUGAAUAUUGGCAACAGAAUGCUCCUCCAGCAGCUAAUGUUGUGAAAUUUCCUCCUGGACCACUACCUCCUCCAUUCGCUUUGCGACCACCACACUCUCCAAACCAUCUGCCUCCAAUGCCUAUGAUAAGUAGCAGUGGAGGUUCAGGGUCCAAUUAUUCUGCUCCUGAGACUCCACUACCGCCACCAUCUCCUGGUGUUGCCCUUGGAUUCUCAAAAAGCACUUUUACUUAUGAAGAACUGGCUAUAGCAACAAAUGGUUUCUCUGAUGCUAAUCUCCUUGGGCAAGGUGGUUUUGGUUACGUACAUAGAGGAGUACUUUCAAAUGGUGAGGAAGUUGCAGUGAAGCAAUUGAAAACAGGAAGUGGACAGGGUGAACGUGAAUUCCAGGCAGAGGUUGAGAUCAUCAGCCGUGUGCAUCACAAGCAUCUUGUUUCAUUGGUUGGAUACUGCAUUGCAGGAGGCGAGAGGCUGCUUGUUUACGAAUAUGUUCCUAAUAAUACAUUGGAGUUCCACUUGCAUGGAAGAGGCCGACCAACCAUGGAAUGGUCUACACGAUUGAAAAUUGCUUUGGGUUCUGCCAAGGGAUUGGCAUAUCUUCAUGAAGACUGUCACCCUAAGAUUAUUCACCGUGAUAUUAAGUCAUCCAACAUUCUCCUUGAUUAUAAGUUUGUGGCAAAGGUUGCAGAUUUUGGGCUCGCAAAGUUUGCUUCUGAUAAUAACACCCAUGUUUCCACGAGAGUCAUGGGGACGUUUGGUUAUCUGGCACCUGAAUAUGCAUCUUCAGGCAAACUGACAGAUAAAUCAGAUGUGUUCUCGUUUGGUGUAAUGCUUCUAGAGCUAAUCACAGGAUGCCGCCCUGUUGAUCAAUCCCAAACUUACAUGGAUGAAAGCAUGGUUGAUUGGGCAAGGCCAUUGCUUACUCAAGCUCUGGAAGAUGGCAAUUAUGACGAUGCUCUCGUUGAUCCUAAGUUGGGAAUGAAUUAUAACCCUGACGAGAUGGCCCGCAUGAUUGCCUGUGCUGCUGCAUGUGUUCGUCACUCAGCACGUCGACGGCCAAGAAUGAGUCAGGUCGUCCGUGCUUUAGAAGGUGAUGUAUCUCUUGAUGACUUAAACAACGGCGUUAGGCCCGGUCACAGCAGGUUUUACAGUUCAUACGGCAGCUCUGAUUACGAUUCCAAUCAGCACAAGGAUAUGAAGUUCAGAAAAAUGGCAAUGACCACUGAAGAAUUCGCUAGCAGCGAGUACAGUGCACCAACCAGUGAAUACGGUCAGAUUCGGUCGGCAUCAAGCAGUGAAGGUCAACAAACACAAGAAAUUGAGAUGGGAAAUAAGAGAGGCAACUACUAUGGUUUCGGCAGCAAUUUGUAAGAACCUCCUGCAUCAGUUCUACUGCAAAUCCCAGCCUUUGUUCCACGGCUGAGAAAACCAAAUUCAUCUUCUGGACAGCUUUUCUUAAAUGUUCAUUUCGCUGACUCAAUAAAUGACUAAUAGCUUGAUUCUUCUUUUGUGAUGUAUAUGUUUUUCUGAUCAAAUGCUGAAAGGAAAUGUAUUUCUUCAACAGUUGAAUUGAUUUCUAAUAUAAAGAAAGCGAGAUUUGUAUUUUUUGUUCA